UAAUCUCUGUAUGGAGGUGGACACAAGCAAGUGCGAAACUGGGUAUGUUUGCAAUUUUUGACGUAAUACUUGUACGUACUUCGUCAAUUCGUUUGACUGUUUUUAGCUCCUGGUUAUCCUGGGGUAAGUCUUCCCUGAUGAAGCUCGCGGAAGCCGAAAAGCGUCUUUUUGCAACUUUUGGUGCACAAAUACUUUCGCGAUUUGUACCAAUUCGGUUCAAAGGCAGUGAAAUGUAUACUGUCACGGUAGAACCGACCCAUGAAAAGAAGUCUGAGGAGCCAAUUGUUUUGGUGCAUGGAUUUGGUGCUGGUGUUGCUGUAUGGAGUGCAAAUAUUGCUUCUUUAGCAAAGCACAGCAUGGUUCAUGCCUUUGACCUUUUAGGUUUCGGGCGUUCCUCUCGACCUCGAUUCAGUAAUGAUCCGACGUUGGCUGAACUGGAAAUGGUUGAGUCUAUUGAAGAUUGGCGUAAGUCAAUGGGAAUAGAAAAAAUGUACCUCGUUGCACAUUCAUUCGGUGCUUAUCUUGCAUCUUCCUAUGCUCUUGAACAUCCCCAUCGUGUGAAGCAUCUUGUACUUGUAGAUCCUUGGGGAUUUCCAGAGAAGAUUGCGCCUACAGAGAAACAGAUAACGCCUUAUCCAUGGAUCAUGUUCAUAGGAGGAGUGCUGUCCCACUUCAAUCCAUUGGCAACUUUGCGAGCUGCUGGGCCUUAUGGACCCACAAUUGUGAAGAAGUUACGCCCAGAUCUCAGUCAUCGGUACAGGAGUGAAAAUCCAGAUGACAUUUACGACUACUUGUACCAUUGCAAUGCUCAGAAACCAACUGGUGAAACAGCCUUCAAAAGUAUGACAUUGCCAUUUGGAUGGGCGAAACGACCUAUGAUGAGACGAUUCAACGGUCUUGAUGAAAGUGUGCCAGUAACGUUUAUUUAUGGUAGUAAGAGUUGGAUUGAUCCAGGACCAGCGUUCGAUAUUCAGGCCCAGAGAAAUGGAUAUGUUGAUGUA